AUGAGCCAUCCUUCCAAAGAAAAUAUGGGCUUGGGCUACUACCGUCGGCCCUUUUCCAAUCGUAUGUCCACUAUCCCACGCUCUCAUGGGUUCGAUAGCCUGCAAGAUCUACUGGAGCGGGAGGGCUACAAGGAGACGCGCAUCGUCACACCCGUCGCAAAAAUACCCACACAAAUCGAUGCCCAGGCUCCGGACGACGUCGACAUGCCUGACGUAAAUGUACCUGUCGCGAAAAAUGCUGGAAAGCCUUUGGAUUCUGCCCGAUCCACGUCUUUCCAGAAUGAGGCCAAGCAUAAUGACAUCCAAGCGUGGAUGCAGGGUAUUCUCUCGUCCCACGCUGGGGCACCAGAGGAGCCUAUUCGCCACCGCCACCGGGAGCCCUCAUUGAAAAAGACACGGAGUGACGCUGAUAUCCGAGCGCGGACUUUACGCCGUCGAAGCAGCCUAUGGGAUGCCAGUGUAGCGUACCGGACGGGGACUGCAAAACCCGCCGAGCCUAUACCCCCUGUGCCACCUUUGCCGCCAGCGCAUACCAAGAAGCCUGUUGCUGAUUUCACAAAUACGUCUUCUUCUCUGCCAAUGGCACCCAAGGCCCCUGUCACCACGACGACGGAAGCACCUCUGCAAAUGGAGUCGGCGAUAGCAUUUUUGUCAACGCCCGCUGAGCCUGUCCUUUCGCGGCAAGAUGCCGUUGUUCAAACGGUCGACAAAGACCCUACAGCAACUCUUCCUCGUGGGCUCCGACGCUCAAAAAGUGAGGAUCUGUUGCACAAGGCACUUAAGUCUCGACGCUCUCAGAAGCCUGAACUGCCCCCUACCUGCACCUGCGGCCGGAACACGGUGAAGUUCGGCGCGGUUGAGCCUCGAUGGCAUAUGAAUGACUGUCCCAUUCGCACAGUAUGGGAAGCGACGGCCCCCGAGCCUGUGCCGCCGCCCCCGCCCAGGCUGACCAUAUCGACGCCGCGAGGCGUUAGCUCCCCCAAGCACUUGGACUUGGCCGGACGUGAGUACGAUCCAAUGGAUGUGCCUGGUAAUGUUGCUUACUUGUUCCGCUUGUCACAGCCAGGCAUUGGGCUAGUUAAGCGUGCCACUCUGGCAGGUCUGAAUGGACUGUUCAAGAGUCAGGAAAAAGUACCCACGCCGACGAACCCUCUAAUUCGUUCGCGGUCUCCGUCGCCGCGCAAGCACUCUGCUCAUCGCCUCUCCCGAUCAACAUCGCUACCUCGGAUCGAUGCCUUGAAAACAGGAUCUGCAGCGCUCAUGUCGUCGAAUCAGGAGUCCGGCAGUCUCGAUUCCAAGUCGAACGAGAGUGUUUGGACGGGCUCCCAACGCAUUCAUGAGCUCCGGCAGCAUGUGGAGGAGCGCAUACGGCAAGACGAAGCGACAUCGCUCGGUCGAGCCAAGAGCACCCUGCACAAGUCUCCGCCUCAGACUAAUGUUGCUGAGACGAGUGUGUCCGAUGCCUGGGAGAGUCCGACGUUGCAACGUCAGCGGCGUCGAGGUCCUCCUCAUAUUCCCCAGGAUCUGACGGAGAUGUUUGAUCAGCCCCGCCCCGACACGACGGAAGCGAUAUCUGAAGACACGAGCUACGCUUUGUCUGGUAUGGAGCCCUCUGUUAAGCCAGCGCCCCAGAUUUCUAUGACCUCUUCUGCAGUGCCAUCCAUCUCUGUUCUGCAGACUAUGACCCGCAAUGAUGCCAAAGCGCCUUCUCUCUCAAACCAGUCAGUGGCUGGCAAGAUGCCGUACUCUCCAGCGGCGAUCCGGCGCAUGCCGUCCCGUCGCAGGGCCGUGCACGGUUCACGGCAUGUAUUGCGCCAGACGCCGCAGGAGCAGGUCCAAACAGUGUAUCGUUCUUAA